AUGGAGUUGAUGGGAGAGAUACCGUUGCGGGAGAUAGAGCUAGUGACUGACGAGUUCGUUCGAGUGGAUCCUAUUGCUAAGAUGCUCCAUGGUCUUGGAGUAGAAUUUGGGCUAGAGUUUGAUAUAUUGAGUGAUUGCAUUUCUUUAGCUCGUAUUGAUUUUGCACGACGUGGUCUUAAUCCAACCCAUACACAUCCUAGAGGAACUCAUGAGGUUCUUGUUGUUCUUACGGGAAGAACAAGCACUUCAGCAAGAUUUACACCUGAGAUGUUUUCGUUUUUCCUUGGGGUCUUAUAUAUCCAUUUUCAACUUAAUGUGAGUAAGACUAAUGCCAUUGCUUUGGAUGGUCUCAGUAGCCAAAAUCCAGGAGUUAUCACUACUGCAAAUGCAGUAUCUGGGUCAGAUCGAUCCACCAAUUAA